UAAAGUACACACUACACAGACAGAAACCAUAAAAUAUUAAAAUCUCUGAUAUGGUGAUUGUAGUAGUGCAUCCAUAAAUGGCAUAAGUACUAUUUUAAACUGAAUGUAGCCGACGUAUGUUAUUUUUUUCUUUAUUCUGCUCGAAUUUAUUAGUUUUUUCACUCGUAAUUGGUAGACUAAUUAGUUAACUAACGUUUGAAUUUCGUUUUAUCAACUUCGGUUUCGUUUGUUUACAUUACAUUAACCCCUGUUCGAAGUGUAUGCUGUAUGUUACAAUGUACUCAAAUCACUGAUCGGUAUUACAGAUUUGCCAUUUUUAGAACUCAGUUCGUUACAUAUUACUUUGCGAUAUGUAUUGUUUUUCGCUAUGAAUAACGCUACUUACUUAUUCCCGAGAACAGAUGAUUCAAGCGGAGUAAGCUUGCUAUUAAUAGAUCGGAUAUCCUUGCACACUUGAAACAAUCCAAAUACACUGCGUAGAAGACUAUUGUUGUGAAAAUGGCGACGCUUUCGUUACGUAUACACAUCGUAGACGGCGAUGUCACCAAAACGAUGCAAUUUGAUCCGUCCACGUCGGUGCUCGACACAUGCAGCAUAAUCCGAGAUAAAAUACUGGAAGCUGGUCGAGGAGAAGCUAAAGAUUACGGUUUGUUCUUAGCCGACGAAGAUGCAAAAAAAGGAGUAUGGUUAGAGGCAGGCCGCAGUCUAGAAUACUACAUCUUACGUAACGGCGAUUUAUUAGAAUACCGUAAAAAGCUACGAACGCUGAAAGUUCAAAUGUUAGACGGUACCGUAAAAACAAUGAUGAUCGACGACAGCCAGCCAGUGGCCAAUUUGAUGGUUGUGAUUUGUACCAAACUUGGUAUCACCAAUCAUGACGAAUACGGUUUGAUUCGAGAAACAAACGAAGACGAAACAGACCAAAGCCAAAAAUCCUCCGGUUACGGAACGUUAACGCUGAGACGUAAACGCGAAGAAAAAGAACGAGAUGCGAAAAUGGAUCAGCUGCGUAAAAAGUUGAAAACUGAUGACGAGCUGAACUGGAUAGAUGUGUCGAAAACUUUACGCGAGCAAGGCAUCAGCGAAGGCGAACCGGUCUUGUUAAGACGUAAAUUUUUCUUUUCCGAUGGUAACAUAGAUUCGCACGAUCCGGUCCAGUUGAAUUUAUUAUACGUGCAGGCUCGAGACGCGAUCCUAGACGGAACCCAUCCGGUAACCGAAGAUCUGGCGUGCCAGUUAGCUGGCAUACAAGUACACAUACAGUUUGGAAACCACAACGAAGCCAAGCAUAAGCCUCCUUUCUUAGACUUGAAAGAAUUCUUGCCCCAGUCGUACGUGAAAGCCAAAGGUAUCGAAAAGAAGGUAUUCGCCGAGCACAAGAAACAUUUCGGACUGUCCGAAUUGGAUGCUAAAGUUUUGUACACGAAAACUUGCAGAUCAUUGCCGACGUACGGUGUCACAUUUUUCUUGGUCAAAGAAAAAAUGAAAGGUAAAAACAAACUAGUUCCGAGGCUGCUGGGUAUAAAUAAAGAUUCCGUACUACGACUCGAUGAACGUACCAAAGAGAUACUAAAAACAUGGCCUUUGACUACCGUUCGCCGUUGGGGAGCGUCUCCGAAUACGUUCACGUUAGAUUUCGGCGAUUAUUCCGAUCAAUAUUACUCUGUGCAGACUAGAGAAGCUGAACAAAUUUUACAAAUCAUUGCCGGAUACAUAGAUAUCAUAUUGAAGAAGAAACAAGCCAAAGAUCAUUUCGGUAUCGAAGGCGAUGAAGGGUCUACUAUGAUCGAAGAGACCAUUUCACCGUCCAAGGCUAGUAUUCUGCAGCACGAGAAUAACAAGGUGGCUAAAAUCAAUACCGAAUCGGUGGCUAAACCCGCUAUCAUGAGGGCUGGUAUGGAAGGCUCGAAACCGUAUGGAACCGGUCACGUUGGUAGUGCGCAAUUCACCACUGUCAGCGGUCAAAUCAACGUCGGACAUUCGCCGGUGGUCAUGCAACGUAGUCAAGUCAGCAACUUGAUGACCGAGCCGCAGAAAGCACUGUUGUCGAAAAUCAGCAUGACUCAAGAGACAAUCCGAACGAUCGAGGGUGAACUACAACAAAAACUAAUAAUACCAGAUUCGGCCAGCAGCUCGUGGAAAGAGACAGCGGUCAGCAGCAAUAAACAAACCGUCAGCUCUCAUAUAGCAGCCAUGAACGCAGCCACCGCCCAACUGAUCACUUCGACAUCCGGCAGCCAAAUGGAUUACACCAGUGUCGAAGAAGCCAUCAACUCGAUCACCACCAAUUUACCUCAAAUGAGCCAAGGUGUACGAAUGAUAGCAGCUCUGAGCGACGAACGUAGCGGCGAUCAGUUGCUAGACGCUACUCGUAAAUUAUGUUCAGCGUUUACCGAUCUGUUGAACGCGGUGCAGCCGGCGCAGUCUCAACCGCAGCCCGGUACCGGUCGUCAGACAUUGCUGAACGCAGCCAGUCGCGUUGGCGAAGCGUCUCGUCGCAUGAUGACCGAAAUACGUCAAAGCAAAGACGAAUCCAAGGAUAUGCUGCUCGGUUUGGCCGAAGGUGUAGCCAAUACUACCGCUGUGUUGGUGAUAAAAGCCAAAAGCGUAGCAGCCACUGCUCCCGACCAAAGGCAACAAGCUGCCGUUAUCGGAGCCGCCACGAAAUGUGCUCUGGCCACUUCGCAAUUGGUUGCCUGCACAAAGGUGGUCGCAUCCACCGUUGAGAAUCGAAGUUGUCGCGAACAGCUGGUAAUGGCUGCUAAAGAGGUGAUGAACGCGAUGGAAGAUUUGGUAUCGGUUUGCGGUCUAUCCGUACCGGAGGAAAGAAACAGCCUUCUGAAGGAUUUGAUCGCCGCUGUCGCCGAAGUAACCACUUCAUUGAACAGACUUAUAAAUCAGGUGAAAAUUUCCAAAGCGGCGGCUCUCGCGAACGCAGCUCCUGCGCAGCAGAAACCCGUCCAACCUCCUCCUGCCACCGUCGUCGUCCAAGACAAAAUUCAAACCGAAACCGUGGCUAAAACGAACGGCGUCUCUGAACCGAUCGUUCAGACUACCAGCGAGAAACUGUAUUCGGAAGAGAAGUCUUCGUAUUCGGUGCCCCAAAGUCCUCCAGUCAAGUACUACACAGCGACGGUGAGCAAAGUGAUUUACAAUAUUUCCCAAGCCAUGCAUCGCGUCUCCGACGUCGAAAGUUACAAAUCGUUCGAAAACGAAGAAACCACCAGUUACGAAUACCAUACGCGAAUGGUUUCCGCCACCAAAGAGAUCGGCAAACUGACCCAAGAGAUGAUGAGCAAACCGUGGAGCGACGAUAACAAAUUCGACCAAGCUCUAUCCCAAUCUUACUCGCAGCUAUCUUCCGACUGCAUCAGCUUCGUAGCCAACCAGGCAGCUCAAUCGCCCCAAACUGGCGAAAAACUCACCACCGGAGUUCGCGAUCUAGGUUCGGCCUGCAUAAACGCCGUCAAAAUCGCAGCCAGCACUUCUCCCGGUAACACGUACGCGUCCAAAGAACGCACCGAAAAAGCCAAACACGUUGCCGAAAACGUAUCCAACGUGUUAUCCACCUUACAGACGUGUUCACGUGGCACACAAGCCUGCAACAGUGCCGCCAGCACCGUAUCUGGAAUCAUCGGCGAUUUGGAUACUAUCAUCAUGUUCGCUACUGCCGGAACACUGCAUGCGGAAAAAGAAAAUGAGACGUUCGCCGAUCAUCGCGAAAGCAUUUUGAAAACUGCCAAAGCGCUCGUCGAAGAUACUAAAACACUGGUGUCCGGAGCCGCCUCUUCCCAAGAACAACUCGCCGAAGCGGCCCGAAAUGCUGUAUCUACCAUUACACAUCUGGCUGAAGUCGUCAAGUACGGAGCAGCGUCGCUUGGUUCUGAUAAUCCCGAAUCGCAAGUUAUGCUCAUUAAUGCUGUUAGAGAUGUAGCCAAUGCUCUGGGAGAUUUGAUACAAGCCACUAAAUGCGCCGCUGGUAAAGGUGCCAACGAUCCAUCAAUGGCUUACCUGAAAGAAUCAGCUCGCGUCAUGGUCACAAACCUGACAUCAUUGCUGAAAACAGUGAAGGUAGUCGAAGACGAACAUUCGCGAGGCACCAGAGCUUUGGAAUCGACGAUCGAAGCUAUUGCCCAAGAGCUGCGCUCGCUAAGCGGUACCAGCAGCGCUACAUCUACUGCCGGAUACGGUGUCACUGCCUCGCCCGAGGACCUGAUCCGUAGCACGAAAGCUAUAACGUUGGCUACAGCCAAAGCAGUGGCGGCUGGUAACAGUUGCAAGCAAGAAGAUGUGAUUAUCGCGGCGAACAUGGGACGUAAAGCGAUCAGCGAUAUGCUGGCCAUUUGCCGAGGAUGCGCCAAUAACACAGACGACCCUAAACUGGCCGAGCGAGUAUUGCAAUUAGGCCGCGACACUGCUACCGAAUAUCGCGAAUUGCUGCAAGUAAUAUUGAACAUACUGCGACCUAGCCAAGGCAGCGACGCCAUCGAUCCGAAGCAAACACUGCCGCAAAUAUCGCGAAACAUCGCCUCUACCAUCGCCGAACUUGUUUCGGUGGCCGAACUACUCAAAGGUGACGAUUGGGUCAGUCCAGACGAUCCGACCACCAUAGCUGAAAACGAACUGCUAGGAGCUGCCGCCUCUAUAGACGCAGCCGCCCGCAAAUUGGCCAGUCUGAAGCCCAGACGAAGCGUUCACCACGAAACUGACGAAUCACUCAAUUUCAACGAGAUGAUUCUAGAAGCAGCCAAAUCGAUAGCCGCAGCCACCUCGGCCCUGAUCAAGGCAGCUUCUGCAGCCCAACGCGAAUUGGUAGAUACGGGCAAAGUGAGCCGUAUGCCGUUGACCAGCUCGGACGACGGACAAUGGUCCGAAGGUUUGAUAUCGGCCGCUCGACUCGUAGCUGCUGCGACCCACAGUCUCGUCGAAUCGGCCAAUUCCCUCGUCCAGGGUAUUUCCAGCGAAGAGAAGCUGAUAUCAGCAGCCAAGCAGGUGGCUUCAUCCACCGCUCAGCUCUUGGUCGCUUGCAAAGUGAAGGCCGAUCCCGAUAGCGAUACUACCAAACGAUUACAGGCAGCCGGAAAUGCUGUCAAACGAGCCACCGAUAAUCUGGUGCGAGCUGCGCAACAAGCCAUACAGCACGAUGAAGAACGAAGCUUGAUAUUGAACAAACGAAUGGUCGGUGGCAUCGCUCAAGAGAUUAAUGCCCGUUCCGAAGUACUCAGAAUCGAAAAAGAACUAGAAGAAGCCAGAAAUCGUCUGACUGCUAUUAGACAAGCCAAAUACAAACUUCGAGGUGAUGGAAGCGUUUACGAAGUCGAAUCCGACUAGUUCGAUUCUACUGGUUAUUCAAACUGUACCAAAUGCCUGCGUCUUAUUUUUACCUAAGUUCACUUUCAUUCUAUUUUAUAAGGUUUUGUGGAGACUACUCGUUUUUUUUUUUACUCCCCUUUUCCCACCAUUUUAACACUUCUCUACCGACCCAAUCGUUGAAAUAACGUCUAUAUGUAGUUGACGUUUAUUGAAUUUCAUUCGUAAUGAACUUUCAAUCUGUGGUCUGACCUGCAAAAAGAGUCGAUUUGGCUGACUUUUUCGUGGUUCAAAAAAUUCAGUUGGAUUUUAAUAAGUAUGUAGAAUAUGGGUCUCAAAAGACAUAAAAGACUUACAUGUAUCAGAUUUUUACUUCAACAAAAAUGUUUUUGAGCUCUUUUAAAACAAUUUUAAGAUCCAAAAUCGGGUUAUGUUUUUUUUUGAAAAUUUCGGAAAAAAUGGCCAUGUGAUCUAUCUAAUUAGGAGUAUAAAUAAACCGUUGUAAAAUUAUUCAAAAGUGACCUUGCAACCCAUCAAAAUAGGUUAAAAUUUCGCGAGGAUUACAAAUAUCUCAAUGAAAAUGUGGCUUGGCCAUUUUUGAGCAAUUUUGAACCCAAAUUUAGGCCGUGAUGUUUGAGAUUUUUGAAAACGUGUCAUGCGACCUAUCAAGAUGGGUUAAAAUUUUGUGAGAAAUUGAAAAAUUGCAACUAAAAUGUAUUUAGACAUUUCAAAAUAAUUUUAAGUUCAAAAUUAAGCCAUGAUUUUUGAAAUUUUUGAACAAGAGUCAAGUAACCGGUCAAAAUUGGUUAAAAUUUUACUAGAAAUUGAAAUACUUCAACGAAAACUUUUUAUGAGCAUUUUUUAAAGAAUUAUUCCAAGUACCAAAAUCAGGACAUGUUUUUUUGAAUUUGUCGAAAAAAUGGUAAUGUAGCCUAUCUGAUUAGGUUACAAUUUUGACAAAAAAAAAUAGUAAAAAAUUUGAGCAGUUUUGAAAAAUUUUGAGCUCAAAAUGAAAACAUGAUUUUUGGGACCUUUGAAGAAGGUGUCAUGCAACCCAUCAAAAUGGGUUAAAAUUCUAGCAGAAAAUCAAACAUUUCAAUGAACAAAAUUUUGAACAGUUUUGAAAAAUUGUGGGCUAAAAAUUGGUCAGGAUUUUCGAUGAAAACCUGUUCAAAAAAGACCAACUUUGAGCUCAAAAUGUUUCGAAACUGUUCAAAAAAAAGUUGGUGAAAAAUUUUAAUUUUUUGGUGAAAUUUUGAGCUAUUUUGAUUGGUCACAUGGCCUUUUUUGAAAACCCUGUAAAUAUUGACCAAUUUUGAGCUCAACAAUUUCCAACACUUGACAAGAUAUUUUUAUAUGUGGAAAUUUUCGAUUUUUUGGUAAAAAUCUUGACCAUUUUGAUGAAUUACAUGACACCUUUUCUAGAAGUCUCAAAAAUCAUUAUCUCAAUUCGGCUUCAAAAUCAUUCAAAACUGGGAUGCUCAUCAUGAGCGAUUUCACCUUCUGUGGGACUGUCUUCGGGGCUAUCAAAGCUCCAAAGUGACCCAGUCAUUGGAAAACUUCAUUGUUUUAAAAAAUAAAGUAGAAAAAUCCUCAUUAAAAAUUAAAAAAAAGGUAUGUCGUUUUUAUUUUUAAAAAAAACAAUUUUAUUUUUAUUUUUAAAAAAAUGGUAUUUUUUUUUUAAUUGAAAAAACAUAGAAAUUAUUUUUUGGAAUUGAAAAAAAUAAAAUAAAAUAUGUACGUUCAUAAAAACAUUUACGAAGUUGAACCAGCUGCCUAUUUUUUUUUUUUUUUUUUUUUUUCAAAUAUAAAAACAACGAUUAAAAAUAAAAGAAAUAUUUUUUUAAAAAUAGAAAACACGUCUAAGUAUAAAAAUUAAAAAACAUUUAAAAUAGAAAAAUCUCUCUAAAAAAAAAAGUUAGAAAAAACGAUUAUACAAAGCUCACAUAUCCAACGAUUGUUCAAAAAUGCUCAAAAUACAUUUUCAUAGGAAUAUUUAAAUUUCCUAUGAAAUUUUAACUCAUUUUGAUAAAUCGCAUGACAUUUUUUUCAAAAAUCAUGACUCAAUUUUGGGCUCAAUAUUUUUCGAAAAUGGUCGGAGAACAUUUUCGUCGAAAUAUUUACAGUUCUUGCAAAAUUUUAACACAUUUUGAUUGGUGGCAAGGUCACUUUUGAAUAAUUCAGCAAUGGUUCAUUUUUACUCAGAAUUGGGGGAGGGGCUGACUUUCAAAUUCAACUGAAUUCUAUUGUGCUAAUCGCUUUUGCAAAUUUUGGCUCAAUGGACGUGGUACGAACUUCUUUAUGCUGUAAGCAUUUUUGCACUGAAUUUGCACAAAAAUCUUACUCGACCGAAGGGGCUCUUGCAAGCUGAAGUAAUCAUGCCUACAUUCGAACUGAGGGAAGUGUCCAAUACCUACUUUCCUGUGAAAUAUAUUUUUAGGUUCGAGCCAUUUUGAAAAUUGGUGGUUUUUAGGCUCCACCCCCUCUUCUCCUCGUCCAUUGCUCUAUUGCAAAUAUUCAAAAUACGUCUUUUCUGACUUUUCAGACUCUUAUCUGCAAUCCUGCAUAUAAGACUAGAAUCGACUGAAUUUUUCGGCUCGCAGAAUGUCAGCCAAAUUCUAUUUCUAGAGCACUUUUCGCCAGUUGGACUGUAGACUAUUUUCUUCUAUCAAUUUUGUUUCCUAUUUUCGUUCGUUUUAUUUUCCCGGUUAUUUAUUACCUAUUACUAGGUACCCAUCUAGCUUUACAUUGUACUUUUUGGCUGCUAUUAUUUGAACUGAGAAACCCAAUUAAUUUGCACACUGCCCCCUCCCCCUUUAAUUUUUCUCUCCACAUUAGAGUUAUCUAGUUCUAAAUUUUUUCCUAAUCGACAACGCGACCAAUGAUUUUGCGCAGCUGCUAUAUAUUUUUCAAAUGUUUUUAUUGUGUUAAUUUUUUUCUUCAUUUUAAAUUUUUUUACAACUCGAAUAAUGAGUUUCGAAGCACAAACUACACGAAUGAACUGUGAUCGAUAUUAAAGUGCCUUAUAGCCUUUUUAAAUUUUUCCUCAGUUGGACUGCCUUCGAAAUAUCGAAAAAAGAACUGAAUUUGUCAGGUUUCAAUAUUUCGAAAUACGAUUACAAGUUUAUUAAUGAUUGAAGAACGUUCCGUUCAAAAUUACCCACCUACUUUGUAACUUUGAUAUUGUAUUUAUUACGGAAAGUAAAUUCGCUUUACAGUACCGUAGGUACAUUUUCAGGUAUUUUGAUAAUACAUACCUUUAUUGAUUCGGCUUCAUAUUUCCCGGUGCACUUAUUGUUCGAUUUUCAUUUUGUUUGUUUACUUAUUUAUAUUAUUUUAAGUGUUUUUUAAAAUACGUAGCUAUACUUACUAUAACAAAAUCAUUUUGAUUUUAACAGCGUGUAUGUGUGUAAUUGUUUUUUUUUUUUUUUACUGAGCAUUGGAGAAGAAUUUCAACUUGCUUUGCCAUAGUCGAUUGCUCGUAUUUUGAAAGGUGCUGUACUUUUAACAAAUUGUUAAGUUUAAAAAUUCAUAUUGCGUAAUUUUUUGAUUUCCGCUUCGCAUCGAGUUUCCAGUGUUCUCUCACAAGUCACACCUAACGAGGAAAUAUUUUACAUUUGUAAAAAUAGCUACCUAUACUAAAAUUUAUGCGGAAUCAAUUUGAGAGCUUCGAAGUCGUCUUAUACUGUGUUCAUAAUUUUGUUGAAUAAUAACAAAUGACGCGAUGAAGUCGCAUCGUCAUCCUUUUUAAAUCGCUUACCUAUACCUAUUCGCCUUUGUAAGGAUUUUCAUUUGCUUAUUUACGUCGUUUAAAUGAGAUUUUAUUCGUUAUAAUAUUUAUCUUAUUAUUUAUUUUAUUAUUAUUUAUUUCUUAACUGUAGAUUUUUCUGUUCGAAGUACCAGAUAAACGACGCAUUUACAAAUGAAAACCCCCCAAAGAAAAGUUGUUGUAUUUUUUGUAGUUCCAAUUUCCAGACACGGAUGUAUUAAUAUAAGCUGGACUGGUGGUUUGAAAUUUUGUUAAUGUUAUAGUGCCUGAGGUAUAAUUGUACUUAAACCUAAGACUCGCAUUUAUUCGACUAAUUGGGUAGUUGAUCUACUCUAAAAUUAGCCCCGGUGUUGAUUAAUUUUCAUUAUACGUUAUGUAGAAUUUGUUUUGUAUACUAAACAUUUGUUUGUAUUUUUAAUGUCAUGUGUUCCAUUUGUGAAAAUAAAGUGAAAUAAUUCUACAUGAUUUUAA